AGCAGGCCCUGGCAAAUACAUAUGUAGUACACUGAGCACUAUUAAAAUAUUAAUUGUAAGUCAAUAAGAGCAGUCCCCUGAAAUUUGGUUUAUUUUUAGUUUUUCUUAAAAUUGAAAACACAUUCUUCUCACAACAAAGACACUUGCACAGUUACACCAAAAAUCAAAGAAAAGAAAUCAAUAAAAAACCAACUAAAAAAAUGUCUGCCGAAGUCGAAGAAUUGCUAAAACGUUUCCAGGCGCUCAAGAACGUCAUCGGUAUCGUCGUGGUGGACAACGAUGGGAUACCGAUCAAGACCACCUUGGAGUACAACUUGACGCUGCACUAUGUGGCCCUGAUGCAGACGCUGCGGGAGAAGGCGCGCCAGGUGGUCCAGGAUCUGGACGCCACCAAUGAGUUUACCUUCCUGCGGCUGCGAACGCUCCUGCACGAGGUGAUGCUGUGUCCGCAGGACGAUUACUUCAUCAUGGUGCUUCAGAAUCCCUGCGACUAGCAUUGGAUUACCCCUCGCACGGGCAGGUGGAGGGAAAGUUACCAUAUUAAUUCAGGACCGCGCCUCAUUUCAUUUGUUGCGAAAGUCAAUUACGUGGCAUUAAAGCGAGUGUUCGGCGUACAACAA